CGACCCGCUCUCCCUAUCAUUCGACUUCCCACGAGCUUUCCAUCUUCAGACUUUUUACAUUCUUAACCACUAUUUUCUUCUCGUGGCAUCGGUCUCUUCUGUGAUGAGCCAAUUCCGUGCAGCGUCUUUAUUAUAAUCUCGCUUCACUCCGUCCGAGCAGCAUUUCUACCAUCGGCACUGUCAUCCAUUUCCACAUCUAUCUGCUCGAGUGCCUAGCGCUGCAGCAUCUUCCUCUUUCAACCAACUUGACCUCAGUCAACCAAUAUCCGCCUACCUCUCACUUCGUCAUGGCCGAUCUUUGGACCCACGAAUUCUGCCUGGGCUGCGACAAGCAGACCGAUGGCACAGCCUACUGCUCCGAGUCCUGCCGCCUGGCCGAUUUUGAGAAGACCUCUAUGUCCAGCUCUAUGCCUGGCAUUGAUACCUUGACGACAUCAUCCUGCUCCUCCUACUCUGGUACGGGGAAGCAGCAACAACCUGGCCGUUUCUACCUCAGCCCCGCCAUCGACUUUACCAAUCCUCAACCGUUCAGCACUACUCCCCCUGCCUCCCCCUCCGACAUCUCUUCAAGGAAGACAUCACCAACGACUUUGAACGGCCCUCGAACCUUAUCGACUUCGAGCUCCAACACCAGCCUCUGCUCGAUGCAGAGUUCCACAUCAUCCAACUCCGACAGCAGCCAGUUGCCUGAGAAGACCAGGCAAGAGCUUCAUGGCUACGCUGCUUCCUUUGACAACGUCAGGCUGCAGCGACGCCGCUCGUACUAAACCGGCGGAGAUUUUGCACGACCGAAACGACUACCAACGACAUUUAACAACACCCGAUAGAUCCUCCCCUCAACCUCAUUUUCUCUACUACGACGACAGACCACGCAACUCAACAUGACUCGACUUCUUCAUCUUCCGUUCGGGGUACGGCCACCGCACCACCGACACAUCUUGAUUAUCAUAUUUUCUUUGUCUGGGCUACUUGUAACAAAAUUAUGGGCAUCAUUUGGAGUAUCACAUCAUAAAAAAAGUUUUUGUACGGGGGAACGGCGUCAUCACCAUGAGAGUUUGGCAGCCACAGCUGACAGCUGACAACCUUCACCACUCAACGGCGCAGCUAUUGCCUUGCAUGGGCAGGUGUAUGGGGCGGCAUGAGAUCUGUAUCCUGAUACAUGUGUGAGGAGGGCUUCACAUCAGCAUCAUCCCCAGAAGUUUGUUUCUUUUUUUUUUUUUUUUUUUUUUUA